UUUAAAGGUCGUACCGGAGUAAUUAUUGUGCAGAGCUUUUAGGUGGACAAUAAUGCCCUUCUUUCCUCUUCUUCCCACCCUCCGCCCUUGUUCCUCGAUAAUUUUGAAAAAGUUUGGAUUUUUAUCAAUGGCCGAUCAAACCCAUUUUAAUUCACCAAAAACCCAUUUAGAAAAUGACCACAAAAAUGCAAUUAUUUACCCAGUGCCACUGUCCCCACCACUGCCAUUGAUAUCAAAGGACAUUGAGCUGAGCAGAGCCAUGACUGCUGCUUCAAAAUCAAGCCUUUUUAGUCUCUCUAGAACCCAUGUCUUGUUUGAAGAUGAUUGGUUGCUUGCUGUUUGUAAACCCCAAGGUGUUUAUUGUGAAGCUGUCUUGUCUUCUGUACCCUCUUUACUCUCUGCUUCACUUCACUCGGAUCAGCUCGAUGCCCAGGAAAAGCAGCCAGAGUUCCAUCUUGCUAAUAGACUUGAUCGUGACACAAGUGGUGUAAUGUUAAUUACCAAAUCACAUAAAGUUGCUGCUAAGCUCGUGAAAGCAUUUACUGACCACAAGGUUAGGAAAACUUACAUUGCCUCUUGCACGGGAGCAACUCCAAAUUGGCAACGCAUCGAUAUUGAGUCAGGUCAUGGUCGAUCGAAGUUUGGAGCUUGGCGUGUAUAUGCGACAUCAGAUGUAGGUAAAAAACUGCCAGGCGGAUCUGUUGUUAGAGACAUGGCUACUACAUUUGAAGUAUUGUCUGUUAAUGGACAAUGCUGCACUAAAGAUUCAUCUCAACUAGAAGAAGUUAAAUGUAAAGUUAUUGUUGAGGAGAAAUCUGUAAUUGAUUCUGGGGAGGGAAAGGAUGAGAUUGUUGUAAGAGCAUAUCCUCGAAGUGGAAGGACGCAUCAAAUUCGCUUGCAUUGCCAGUACCUUGGAAUUUCUAUAAGAGGGGAUGUCAAGUAUGAAGGUGUCUGUGAAUGGAAGGGGAAGGUGUAUGACCAUCACGAGCUUCAUGCAGAGAGUUUAACUUUUGAGCAUCCAGUAACUGGUUUGUCCGUAGUGAUUCAUGCACCUUUGCCUUUGUGGGCAAGCGAAGCAUUGUAACCUUGGCUUCCCAAGUGAGGGUCCCUCAUCCUUGACGCAUGACUUCAAUACCCUUAAAUAUUUUGAUUCUUAGUAUUAUGUUAUCUAUUAUAUAUGGAAUUUGAGAAUGUUCUGUGUAUGUUUUUGGCUCCUUGGUGCUAUGUAUGCUUGGCUUCAGGUUCUAGUCCUUUUUACUUUGUUCCUUUUCUGAUCAAACAUGUCAUGUCAAUUUAUAAUAGAGGUUCAAAUUUAAUUUUGUAGA